GGGCGCCGCAGCUUCCUGCCAAGCACCGCGCAGCCGCCUCCGCCGCAGGAUCCCCCGGUGCAGGCCUGCGUGCUGGUGCGGAUCCUGGGGCUCAGCCACGCGCGCCCUGCCUGAUCCUCUGCCGACCCACCGCACUAUGCGCGCCGUGCCGCCGCCAGCCCCGCUCCUGCCGCUGCUGCUGCUCGCGCUCCUGGCCGCUCCCGCCGCCCGCGCCAGCAGAGCCGAGUCCAUCUCCGCGCCGCGGCCCGAACCCGAGCGCGAGUCGCGGCCACCGCCCGGCCCGGGGCCCGGGAACACCACCCGGAUUGGGUCUGGGGCGGCGGGCGGCAGCGGCAGUGGCAGCGGCAGCUCCAACAGCAGCGGCGACGCCUUGGUGACCCGCAUUUCCACCCUCCUCCGCGACCUACCCACCCUCAAGGCGGCCGUGAUCGUGGCGUUCGCCUUUACCACCCUCCUCAUCGCCUGCCUGCUGCUGCGCGUCUUCAGGUCGGGAAAGAGAUUAAAGAAGACACGCAAGUACGAUAUCAUCACCACUCCAGCCGAGCGAGUGGAAAUGGCGCCACUAAAUGAAGAGGAUGAUGAAGAUGAGGACUCCACAGUAUUCGACAUCAAAUACAGGUAAAACCUGUUUCCCAGCCUGUUGGCAUCCUGUGGAAAGUUGGUCAGCUGCAACCUGGGGUGUGAAGGACCUGGAAGCCCUCUUGCGUCGGAGAUGUUGAAACCAAAACAAACGUUAUGUAUAAAACCCCAGCUCCAUCGUGGGUGUCAGGCGUCUGCUCAGACUGUCACUGGCAAGCUUGUUUCCACGUCACCACGAUGGAGUUGCUUCUGCCACCCUUUGGGUGCCCCUUUAAAGUGCCCCCCACUUCUACUCCCCACAUAAGAGGCUUUGUGCCUGGCUAAGGAGCAAAGGGUAGAAAUAUGUUGAUUUUAAAAAAGUUUUUUUAAGACAAUUGUUGACAAUAGUAAAAGAGAUCAGGAGGAUCAAGAAUCUAAAACAAGCCUGAAGGAUGUCCAACUGUGUAUUUAGAAUUUCCGACAUUCUUCUCUACUGGAUCUACACAUUGGACCCUGUCUGAUCCUUUGCUGCUUUUUUGGCUUGAUCAGGUCCUGGCCUCAUUUUGGUGUUACCUGUGUCAGAGUUCAAGGUGGAUGUGCUUAGAGCUGGUCAGCCCCUUCCAGACCUGGACACGUCUGUGGCUCCUUUUCUUUUCUUUUCUUUUUUUU